AUGCCCCAGACCGGAAGAUUCACCCGCCCAGUGGCUUGCCCCAGAGCCUUCGGAAACGCAAUCCUGGCGAUCCGCCGUGCACAGCGCCGCGCACUCGUGGACUCGAUUGUGGCUAUGGUUCGCCAGAUCCUCCCGGCCCAAGGGGCAAAUGCCUACAACCAUACUGAGGAGACGACGACCGAACCUCUUCAUCAAACCGAUGAAGAUAUUCUCGACGAAUAUCUUCGAGGUCACGAAAGAGGGUUUCUUCUUGGUUUGAGCCGUGGCCACGACCGUGGCUAUCGCCAAGGUGUAGCUAGUGGCUACGCCUAUAGCCUUAGCCACGGUCAACAGGUGGCCUACGAUGCCGGAUUCAAAGCUGGCAUUGCGUACAACAGGAAGUACCAGUGA